GGUGGUUUAAAGCUGGAAUAAACCGAUGCGUUAGGUGUGGUUACCCUAACAUAGAGCAAACAAAUACAUGUUGCUUAAGAACUUCCUGCUGCUGUUUGUUAGCAGUGCGUGCACAGAGAGGGUGGUCGCUGUGCAGAGAUGGCUAUGGUAUGCCUUACAGACUUUGAGGAGUAUGCUAAGGAGCAUCUCUCAAAGGCCACCUGGGAUUACUACGCAGCCGGAGCGGAUGAGUGCUGCACCAGAGAUGACAACCUACUUGCCUACAAACGGAUCCGUCUGAGACCACGAAUAUUACGGGAUGUGUCGGUGAGCGACACUCGAACCACAGUGCAGGGGACAGAAAUUAGCUUCCCUGUUGGCAUCGCCCCGACUGCUUUCCACUGUCUGGCCUGGCAUGAAGGAGAGAUGGCCACAGCUAGGGCCACCGAGGCGGUGAACACGUGCUACAUCACCAGCACGUACUCCACCUGUUCCGUUGAGGAGAUAGUGGCGGCAGCGCCCAACGGUUACCGCUGGUUCCAGCUGUACGUGUACCGGGACCGGAAGUUGUCGGAGCAGAUUGUGCACCGUGUGGAGGCUCUAGGUUACAAGGCCUUGGUCCUCACCGUGGACGUCCCGUACACCGGGAAACGGCGCAAUGACAUCCGCAACCAGUUCAAACUGCCCCCACACCUCAAGGUGAAGAACUUCGAUGGGGUGUUCCAGGUAACGCAAGAGGCUGCAGGCCCGGAGGAGUAUGGGAUACCAGCCAACACCCUGGACCCUUCCAUCAGCUGGAAGGACGUGUACUGGCUUCAAUCACUCACUCGCCUCCCCAUCAUCAUCAAGGGUAUCCUGACCAAGGAGGAUGCCGAGCUGGCUGUGGAGCAUGGGGUCCAGGGCAUCAUCGUGUCCAAUCAUGGGGGUAGACAGCUGGAUGGUGGCCCUGCCACGAUAGAUGCGCUGUCUGAGAUUGUUGACACAGUGCAGGGCAGGAUUGAGGUAUACCUUGAUGGAGGGAUCAGGACAGGAAGUGAUGUGCUGAAGGCUGUUGCCUUGGGAGCAAAGUGUGUGUUCAUUGGCCGACCAGCUGUGUGGGGUCUAGCAUACAAGGGUGAGGAAGGAGUGAGAGAAGUACUGCAAAUCUUAAACGAUGAGUUCCGCCUGUCCAUGGCUCUAUCUGGUUGCAGGAAUGUGGCUGAGAUCAACAGGAACCUCAUUCAGUUCUCUAAACUCUGAACCAUCAACUGAGGGUGACACUGAGGAGGGAGCUAACUAAAACCAUUAACAAGGACUGACAAAUGAAUCAGACCAAUACUGCCAUUGUAAGACACUGAAAGACCAAUCCAACAAUUCAAACUGAGUAAAUUCUUUCAAACUCACAUUGUGGAGGUUUUAAAUCCAAGCACAUUAUCCAUAUUUGUCAUUGAGCUUGUUUUCUUUGAUAUAAACUCAAGAGGAGGACUGUUUAUAGAUGUAACCUGAGUGUGUUAGAGUAUAUAAUAGAGUGUGUAAGAGUAUAUAAUAUAUAAGAGGGCUGACAUUAUGUCUAGAAAGUGGAGGUGAGUGGUUGUGAAUUUUGUGGCGGGCUAAGUAAGUGAAUUAUGAAUUUGUUUUUGCUUUUGGGUUGUGGAAGAUAGAGUUGUCAUGAUAUUUUGAUUUUUUUUUUUAAUAAAGACUGUAAUGUUUGAUGGAAAGAGCUAAAGGUUUGAAGGCUGAAAGUAGUGCUGUUGAAUAAAUACCUGGUGAAA